AUGGUGCGCACUCCUAGCAGAGAGAAGCUGCAGGUCAGGGUCCUCGCGCAGGGCGAGGACGGGGACAGGGUGACCACCAUCAAGAUGCGGCUGAGCAUGCCGUUUGAGAAGAUGAUGUCGGCCUGGUGUUCCCAGCACGGCGUCGAGCGCAGCGAGGCCCUCUUCCAGCGGAGCGACGGCACCAGCCACCCGUGGUCGCCCAGGCCGCCCGCCCGUCGGACGACGGCGGUCGUCGGCGGCGCUGUCGUCGGCGCCGGCUGCGUCGGCUGUGACCGCGGCACCAGCGUGCGGCCCUCCGACUCGCCGCUGGACUUGGGCCUGCGGGCGGCCGACGGGCCGCUGGUCCUCACCGCCGUGCCCGCCGCGCCCGCGGAUGGCGCGCCGCCGCCGCCCGCCGCCAGCGCGGGGCCCGCCGCCGGGCGGCGCGCCGCCGCGGGGCGCGUCUCCGCGCGAGGGUCCAGUCCUCCCGGUGUCCACGUCAUGGAGAACACCUGA